GUUUUGACAAGAGAGAGAAAGAUAUCCACUCAGCGAACCAUAAAAGAAAAUAAAAACAAAACAAAAUUAAUUCAACUAGCAGUUGGCACCCGCCAAGAAAAAGCAACUACUCCAACAAAAGAAACCCAUACAAGUUAUUUGGAGAAAUCAUUUGAAAGCGACCCACCCAACCCAACCCACCCCCAUCAUAUCCUUCUUCCUCUUACUAUAUUGCCUGAUAACCUUUACCUUUCUCAUCUAUUUUCAUUUUCUAUCGGAUUCUCCGCCCUAUUGCCUGGCAUAUGAGGCUGUUCACGGCAGAGGGUGUUGUCUACAAGCCUGUGGAGAAGGUCGAUCUUGGGCCUGAUAGCCAUGAAUUCUACUUACGUGCCAAUGUCAAAGCUCCUCGCAUGGCGGGAUUUCUGGUCAAAGUUUUCGCCUGGUUUCUGGAGUCGUGGAUAUUUGGGCCAUUACUCCUUUAUUUUUUAAAGAGAAACAAUCUUAUUCACAAGCUUGUUUCGAAUGCUGAGCUGGAGGAGUCGCCUCUCUAUGUACCCUUGCAUCCAUUUGAAGAGCUGAAUGAAAAACAAGUGGAACACGUAGACAAUAAAUUAUGUCCACCUGAACGAGUUCAAAAGGCCGUUGAAUGUGUGCCUUUGUCUUUAUCAUCAUCAAAUCUUGCCUUCCGUCGCUACUCAAUAAUGGAUUACUCUAAAGCUUAUAGUUCUGGAGAAAUCACUCCCCUUACGGUAGCGGAGCGGUUAAUAGGUGCUAUUGGUGAAUCUUGCAGUCCUUCAUUGGACAUGGCAUUCUUUAUCAGUUAUAAUGUUGAAGAUAUCCUAAGACAGGCCAGGGAAUCAACUCAACGCUAUCAGAAAGGGGAGCCAAUAUCAGUUCUUGAUGGGGUCCCAGUUGCUAUAAAGGACGAAAUAGACUGUACCCCGUAUCCUACAACAGGUGGUACAAAAUGGCUUCAGAGAUUUCGACCAUGCAAAUCCGAUGCGUAUUGUGUAAUGUGCCUUAGACUAUGUGGUGCCAUUAUUGUUGGAAAAACUAACAUGCAUGAGCUUGGAGCUGGAACAAGUGGAAUCAAUCCUCAUUACGGAGCUACCAGAAAUCCAUAUGAUGCUAACAAGAUAUCUGGGGGCUCAUCUAGUGGAUCUGCUGCAGUGGUAGCUGCAGGACUCUGUCCUGUUGCCCUUGGUGUCGAUGGCGGAGGCUCUGUGAGAAUGCCAGCGGCUCUUUGUGGUGUUGUGGGUUUUAAACCAACGUUUGGCCGUGUACCUCAUUCCGGUGUUCUGCCUCUUAAUUGGACGGUUGGGAUGGUUGGAGUAUUAUCAGGCACCAUAGAGGAUGCAUUUAUCAUUUAUGCAGCUAUUAAUGGUCAACUUGAUUCAAAUGAACCAUCGGCUAUACCACCGCCAAAGUUGUAUUUUCCCAUACUGAAGUCUACGAGCCCAGUUUCAAGCAUUACACUGGCCAGAUACGGAGAGUGGUUUAAUGAUUGCAGGGAAGAAAUUAGAAUUUGUUGUUCCCAAGCUUUGGAGCAACUAUGCCAGAAACAUGGUUGGAAGACAACAGAGGUUACAAUACCAGAGAUAGAAGCGAUGCGCCUGGCACAUUAUUUAACAAUUGGAUCUGAGUGUACUGCUUCACUUAGUCCCUAUCUAGCAAAGCUGAAUACUUCAGAGUUAGGAUGGGAUGCAAGGGUAGCACUCUGUGUGUACGGUGCUUUCACUGGCAAAGAUUAUAUAAAGGCUCAAAAACUUAGAAAUCGUGAGAUGCAGUUCCACAAGCAUAUAUUUGCAAAGGCCGAUGUCAUUGUUACCCCAACAACAGGGGUAACAGCGUAUCCAAUUCUUAAUGAUGCCAUCAAGACAGGAGAACUUGACUACAUAAAUGGAGCUGCACUGGUUCGAUAUCAGAUAGCAGGCAAUUUUCUAGGAUUGCCAGCAGUUACAGUUCCUGUCGGAUAUGACAAAAUGGGCUUGCCUAUUGGCCUUCAAUUUAUAGGGAAACCAUGGUCGGAACCUACAUUAAUUCACAUAGCAUAUGCAAUGCAGGCUCUACGCAUUUCAGAUUACAGAAAGCCACAGAUAUUUUAUGAUUUGCUGAAGAAGGACUAAAACACCAAAACAAAUUGAGAAGUCCAAAUAGGAUUUUCGAUCCUAUCAACUGUUUAGAAAGCAUUUUAUUGUCUAUAUAAGAGAGGAUAAAUAAUAUAAAUAGCCAAUGAACUUUUGCAUUUAAUUUUAUUUUAGUCGCAAAACUUAAUUUGUUUCA